UCCUCCUCUUUUCUGGAUCCAGUCAGUGGAAAUCUACGUGACUUUUUUUCUCUCUCUCUCUUACCCCGAAAAUAAAGCGACGUGCAGUCGCUGCAAUAACAAUUGCGAGCUGGAUGAACUGGGAGACGCCAUCGGCCGCACCUUUUCAGGAUGAAAAGGACAGCAACCGAGACUAUAUGUUGUACAGAGUAGGACCAAAGGGAGGGAGCCACGGAGAUGCAUUCGUGCAAAAGCUGACCUGCGAACUCAAGUCCAGGGAGAGGUGGCAGUUAACACUGAGAAUCAGCAUGCCCGUCUGAUUGUCUUUUAUCAACAGACCCUGCUUCCCUCGUUAUCCUUGGAACUGAUUGCAAACAUGAGUUUUGCAACUGUGAAUCCUGACGCUUGCCUGGAUGCUGUCGGUAAUCUGGACAGAAGGUUCGCUCCAGGUUUUUAACCUGGCAUUGGUGGCUAUGUUCCUAGGGAAUACAGGAGGCUGUAGGUCAUCAGCGGAGACCUGGCUAGAGGUGCCUGGAGGUCCUCGGCUUCAGCUGUGCGCCUCGGUGCUGAACGCGGGGAUGGCUGCGAGAUGCUUCGGAUUGUACAUGCUGCUGCUGUUCCAGUCCGUCUCAGCAUCAAACGCUUCACCCUUGGCCAGCUCAGAUGACAUGAAAGCCACACCGCUGAACCCAUCACCUCCAUCCACAGUGCUUGAUUCUCUUAGGACCCUGAUUGACUAUGCCUCUGAGGUAGCUGAGACAACACCACUGGCAGCCCAUCUUUGGCCAACUCCAUCAGCAGCCAAUUUCAAUGAGACAGCGAACGCCCUCAACCAAUCCACAGCAUCAAGUGCCACCUCUCAAACUGCCCUGAUGACGGGGCACCCGAGCACAGUGAACAGCACAACCUUAAUGCCUUCACAUCAAAGACCAGCCUCAUCCAGGGCGGCAUCAGCCCGUGUGCCCGAUGUAACCGUGGCCCCACACCCAAUGUGGACGGCCCCUGCAACACUGCUGACAACAGUCAGCACGGAGAUGGGCGCCUGGACAAAUCCCCACCCUGAGACUGGCAAAAUGUCGAUGGUGUCUUCGCUGACAUUGACAGCAGCCUUGACUUCAAUCACCACGACAGCCCUGGCUCCGAAGGACUCACCGGCAUCAGGAGACCUUGUGACAACUGCUGCCAGAGGAAGAGCUGGAACUCCGGAUGGCUUACCCAUGCUGCCUAGUCUGACCUGCAAGUUGUCAGAUCAGCUCUGGGUUAGGACAGUUGCGACAGUGACAUCAAGAAAAAUUCGAGCAGACAUAAUGCUUAAACAGAACAUGACAAGAGGACUUACACAGGCAUUGAAGCGAGCUUUCUUCACUAAUGAUGUACAGGCUCAGAUUGAAAGUCUUGAAAGAAGAAAUAAGGUGUUUAUUGGGUUCUACGCUGUGACUGGGAAUGAGGUGUACAUUCCAUCCGCUGUGACUGAAGCAAUUACGAUGUAUGGAAUUGAGAACUUCCACCGAGACAUGCAGCAACAUGUACCUGAUCUCCAGUCCGUCCUGAUUUCUGCCUCUCCGUGGGCCCCACCGCCUGCCCGAUGGUUCCAGUUAAAGACAGUGCUGCAGUUUGUGAGUACAACAGACAUUGUGAAGUUCUGCAGUUUUGUUCAGACCAUGGAGACAAGACUAUGGAGAGCAUUCGAGGAGGCUGCAUCUCGAGCCAAUCUGAAAAGUUACUUAAGUGUUCAGAUUUUGAACACGUCUGUUGCUGACGGCUCUACAGCUGUCACAAUGGUGUAUGCAGUGAGAAAUGAAAGUACGCUUCUCAACGGCACAACGGCCAGCAGCCUUUUGCAUCACUUGACAGCUGCUGAGCUUGGAUACUACCUGGCUUACCCACCACUGAUCCUUGCUGAACCUUUGGAAUAUGAAAAUCUUGACACCUCACUAGCGACUGAGAAAUCCUGGGUUGUUACAGUUAUCCUGGGUGUUGACAACACCUCUCUGGGUGAGCAGUAUCAACGUUUUGCGAGCCUGAUGGAGCAGAGGUUAGCGAACCUGUUCAUGGCAGCUCAGCAACAAGGGCGAAGGUUUAAACGGGCUUCUACAAAAGGCAGCUACACUGUACAGUUGGUCAGCAUUAAACGCCUUCCUGGUCCUAAGAGUCCAGCCGAAUUGACGUACUAUGCCUUGGAGAAUGGUGGAGCCUUGCUGGGCACAACUGCAGCCAAAAUACUUAAUACAGUUGAUUCUCAGACCAUGGCCUUGGAGUUAGGCUAUCGCGUGCAACUCCAAGCAGAACCUGUUGUGAAAAGUCCACCAAACAACUUGUGGAUUAUUGCCGCAGUGUUGGCUCCUGUUGGUGUGGUAACCAUUAUCAUCAUCAUUAUUUCCGCUGUACUGUGCCGGAAAAACAAGGGCGAGUUUAAAUCCGAGACUAUGUCAAAUCUUCACCAGAGAGCAAAGCCAGUCCAAGGGUUUGACUAUGCCAAACAGCACAUUGGUCAACAGGGAGGAGAAGACGAAGUGACCAUUACUCAAGAGACUGUGGUCUUACCACUGCCUGGCCGAGAUGCACUCAUACCUCAAGAAAGAGAAGGCUCCCAGGAUGGAGUUAACAUCAAAUCACUAAAAACCAUUGAUAUCCGAAGAAGCAGGUUACACAGCGAACAAGAUUCUGUCAUCAGUGAGCAGUCAGGAAAUCUUGACUCGGAUACAGGCACUCCACAGAAGGCAACUGCACAGCAGAAAAUUACAAAAGAGGGAACAAGGAAGAAAAAUGCACCAGCCAGUGAUGAGGAGGAGAGUGCCACACUGUUUGAGCACGUCUCCAAGACAUCGGAUGAUCCAUUCGACACAUCCUCCGGGUCCGUUCAGCUCCUCUCAGUCAAGCCUCUGACAGCUCAUCCUGGUUAUCCUGCAUCAGAAAGGAGCCCAGAGGCAGUGGCAUUAAAUGGAGAGGUAAACAAGGCUCUGAAACAGAAAUCUGAUAUUGAGCACUAUCGGAACAAAUUACGCCUGAAGGCAAAGAGGAAAGGGUAUUAUGAUUUCCCAGAAGUAGAAAAUAAUCAAGCAAUAAUGGAGAAGCAGAGGAAAUUGCAUGAGAAGGGACAGAUGGAAGCUGAAACGCAGGUGUCCUCUGCAUUCACUGAAUCUCGAAACAGGCAAUCCCAGACAAAGAAUGCUGUUUAUAGGAGCAGGCAGUCUUUGAACAGCCCAGGUCCAGGAGGAACCGAGAUGGAUCUACUUGUGAGGAGGGAGAGAUCACGGCGGGGCAUUCGCAACAGCGGAUAUGAUACGGAGCCAGAGUUGACAGAAGAAACAAACAUUGACCGAAUUGCAGAGCCUCGGACUGCCACCCGAGCAAGACAGGUCAAAGGUCACUCUGAAUCCUCCACCCUCAGCUCCCAGCCAUCCAUCGAUGAGGUCAGACAACACAUGCAUCAGCUCUUGGAGGAAGCGUUUAGCCUGGCGUCUGCAGGACGGGUCGCUCACGGCCGUCACCAGCUUCACUACACGACGGGUCAGCCAUUACCCUAUACUGAGCUGGUGACCAGUGCCCCUGGCACUAUGAGCAGAUCAAGGGCUGGACUGCAGUGGGUUCCUGCAUACGGGCAGGACGUGUGUCAGUAUAGUUUGCCCAGACCUGCGUACAGGUAUUCGCAGCUUCCGGAAAUGUCUGUUGGCUCACCACCGCCUGUUCCUCCCAGAAAUGCUCCAGUAGCAGUUGCAUCCCUCAGACGUUGGACAUCAGAAAAUAACAAUAACACAAGAACAGCUGAGAGUCACGGUGCAGACCAGUCACAGCAUGAAGCUUCCUACGUACCCAUGUCCAGAUCCACUGUCCCUGCGGAUCAGCCAAUCGCAAAUUACUCAGGUAGCUCAGUGCCAGCAGUCUAUGCCAUUCCAGCCAACAGACCUGGAUUCCCAAACUACUUCAUCCCUUCUCCUUCGCCCUACCGUAACCAUGCCUGGACCCCGUAUGUGGGAGAUGGAGAAGCACAGGCCCAGUGGGCGGAGAAUGUAACACUCCCUGGUUAUGUUGAGGCCUUUUCACACACUCGGUACCCACACAGCUCUCCCCAUCGACAGUACAGUCAGACGCAGCCCUCAAAUCCACCUCGUUGUAUUGAGCAAGCUCAGACUCUGUCCACUGCAGCAUCUCAGCAGAGCUUGACAGAGAAUGAGUCCUCUGAAACCUCCUACACCAAUAUCUCCACUGCCGCUUUGGUCAAGGCCAUCAGAGAGGAGGUUGCAAAGCUGGCCAAGAAACAGACUGGCAUGUUUGAAUUCCAGGUUUAGCCCCAUCCUGCAGUAUUCUCCUCCGAAGAGCCUUGACAACAUUUCUUCCCGUGGGAGUCAGAGCAAUGAUCGAAAUCCUAGUUUUUCAAAUUGGAUUCAUCUCAACCAGUGCAAAUGUCAUCAGCCUUGGGAUGGAAAUCACGACAACAAACAGUUAAUUUGCAGAUUCGGGCUAUUGUUCCAAGCCAUAAAAAGCUGAUCUGUCAGAUCAUUUGGCUGUUUCACCAGUGGAAUGUGUCUGGAAACACACCAUCGUACAUUGUGUCUUAUUCUAGUAAUGUCAUUUAGUAUAAUGUUUAGCACAAGACCACUACAUUGCUGGAGGUGGGAGGACUCGGACUGACCCCUGUGUAUUUCCUUCGAGGUGGUCAGUGCAUAUAUUGGCAACAGAUGUGCAAAAAAAAACUUGUAAAAAAAGAAAAGCGACAAUAGUUGAGGAAGCUCAACGACAGAUUAUGCUGUACAUUCCCUACUUCACACUCCACUGAAAAACUUCGGGCAUCAGGCGAACAAGGAAAGUAGAAUGAGCACAGGGAUUAUAAGAUGUGAGUGAUUAAACACAACCAGCAAUUAUGUGAGGUUCCUAGUGUGUUCGCUUGAAAACCUGGUAGUCAAUGGUUUUAAGCUUGGAUCAGAAUGGAGUACAAUGACACAGCUCUCUCUAUCCGAGCAAACAAGUAUCCUGACGAUUAACACUUUGAAGAACCACUUAGUGACAUAGGAUCAGUACACUCACCAACCUUGGCAGUUGGGAUUUGAACUCUUCCUUGCUAUCAAAAAUAUCUGUAUUUCUCACGGACAGAUGGACAAGUUUGAAUUCUAACUUGCAUUUUUACAUUGAUCAUGUCUCAAAUGAUGGGGUCAUCACUUGGAUCUCUGAAAUUCUGAAUGUUACCCUUGUGCAAAUGAUUACAAACCAACCGUACAGACCCUGAUGUGGCACUGAGAUUUAACCAUUUCCAUUAAAUCAUAGAAUGGAACUCCAGAUUUCUUCUUAUCGUUGGUGUCCAGUGGUGUUGCUUGAGGGCCAUUAUGAAUAUUGAAUGCUUUGAAAGUAGUUUGAACUUAUUACCCUUAAAGCAAGGGUAUUAGGGUUACAGAGCCAAGACAGAGAAAUCAAUACAGUCCAAUCAGACACAGUUUAAUCGAUUGCUGGAAAAAGCUUGAAAAACCGAGUGGCUUCCUCCUGUUCUUAUGUUGCAAAAGUAUUAUGUUAAUAUUAUCUGCAAGUGUGAACUUUGAGUAUUUUUCAUGAAUAGAACUCAAAACAUUAAAUUGCAGUCUUUAAAUCCUGUUUGUGGAAAGUUGUACUGAAUGUCUUAUAUCACUGUCACCAGCCUCUGCGCCCAGUGAGGAGUCACAACUGCAGAAAGUGCAGAUUCAGAGAUGGUCUCUCUAACAUGUAUGGAGUGAGUCUUGCUGUUGAAAUGAUGGGUUGAAGGUAGGGGGCUGUGCGAGAGAGUCAAGGAAGGAACCUGCUUCCUUCUCCCUUUGAUUCAUACUUUGAGAGAUUGAACUUUUCUAUCUCCUCUGCCAUAAUCAAUGUUUCAGCUUUUGGGAUGUGGUAAUCUCCUCAAGAGGUCAAAGAACAGCCUUGAGUUUGACACUCACUUGGUUUAAUUUCCUCACAACCUGUCCUGUUCACUGUGGUUUGAUAAUUAACAAAAUGGGAAUUUAUCCUUAAAGAUUACCCUUAAAGUGAAGGUAAAUCUUCACCUUUCACUACACUUUUAUAAAUCUUACAUGAGGCAGAUAACUUAAAGAAACCUCUGUAUUACUGUUGGCUGCAAAGAGACAGAUGCUGAAAUAGCCAAAACUUUUUGCAGCUCCAUCUGGAAGUUAGUCUACAGCUAAAGUUCUAACCUUUGAGUGCAACCACAGUCAUUGAGACAGAACAUGUAUUAUGACACACGAAACAAGACAUGGUCAAUAAUCAGACCUGGUAAACAUAUUCUUAUGGUGAAUGGAUUCUGACAUCUGAGGCAAUGCUAAUCUUCCUCACUAGGUGGGGCAUUACCAGGUCUGGGAUGAGCCCUCAUUUUUAUCCCUUGUCGAGUAUAACUACAUUAGUAGAGGUUAUCACGCUACAGGGUAUAAAACCAGUUUGUACCUGAAUCCAUCAGUCUCCCAACGGCUGAAUUGAAUUAAACUUGCUCAAGCCGUCCAAUUCUAGCCUUAGAAGGGGUUGGGGUGGGGAUGCAUGAAAUCCAUUGGCUGGUCUUAAUUGUAGGUGUCUGAUAUCGGGCGUAUUUUGUUGUCCCAUCAAUGUCAUACUCAAUGUUAAGAAUGAGCAAUGAGUCAUAUCAGACAAACCACACUGAAAUGUUCGAUGAGUGUAAUCAAUGUAAUUUGGGCUAUUACUGUCAAUUGAUGUAAAAUGACACAUUCAGUACAACUUACCAACAAUUUCCUUUCCUGGGCCUUUGUACAAAACUUUGCACAGUGUUAACAUAAUCGCAGGACAUAAUAAUUAAAGAUGAUUAUCAACCAUUUAUGUUUUCUUGCUAAACCAAAUCCUGGACCCUGAAGAUUAUUGUUUGACUUACACGCUUGUGUGUUGGAACUCAAUACAAACCAAUAUUCUGUUUUUGUGCCCAUGAAAUUUUUGUUUAUUUUUUUCCUUGGAUUCAAAUAAUGAAAACUGUAUGACAAGUGCUAAGUGCACAAACAGUGAGUGUGUAAAUGUGUCAAUCUAGUCAUUGCAAAGGAGCUG